AGCGCGGGUUGGGGUUAGGGGUUGUCGGGCAGCCAAUGGGAGCGUGUCUCAACCCUUCGAGGACGGGGUCCGCCAAGGGUGCUGGCGAGCGACCGGGACCCGCGGAGCCGGGGCGACACGGGGGAGUAAGAGUCGUAGAGAGAGAAGAUGGGAAAGAGGAAGGAAGAGAGAGAAACACUGGUGUGAGAAAUAUCAAUUGGUUGCCUCCCGAAUGCACCUGGACCUGGAACACACACCUGGAUCCAGGACUGAACCCACAACCUAGCAGGGGGGCCAGCGUUUCCCCAGAGUCUCCUCCCAGUCCUGGGAGAUGCUCCAGCGGCAGCCUUUGGAAGGCAAGGAAGAGACCGAGUCAGACAGGAGGGAGGACUGUUGCGUAGCAGAGCUGAAAGAAAUUGUCAGCCUGGCUUUCGUGAGAGGGAAGUCUGAGGCGCAAAGGGGGCUUCGGAAUGCCCAGCAGCAAAGCAAGAAGAAGAAGAAGAAAAAGAGAUUGGUGAUCAAUCUAUCCAACUGCCGAUAUGAGAGUGUGCGCAGGGCUGCCCAGCAGUACGGCCUCCGAGAGGGCGCGGAGGGCGACGACUGGACUCUGUACUGGACCGACUUCUCGGUGUCGCUGGAGCGGGUGAUGGAGAUGAAAAGUUACCAGAAAAUCAAUCACUUCCCGGGGAUGAGUGAAAUCUGCCGCAAGGACUUGCUGGCCAGGAACAUGAGCCGCAUGUUAAAGUUGUUCCCUAAAGACUUCCACUUUUUCCCUCGGACCUGGUGUCUUCCUGCCGACUGGGGAGAUUUGCAGAACUACAGCAGGUCAAGAAAAAACAAGACGUACAUCUGUAAGCCGGAUUCGGGCUGCCAAGGGAGAGGUAUAUUCAUCACCCGGACGGCGAAGGAAAUCAAACCGGGGGAGGACAUGAUCUGUCAGCUCUAUAUUUCAAAGCCCUUUAUCAUUGAUGGGUUCAAGUUUGACCUACGAAUUUACGUGCUGAUGACGUCCUGUGACCCUCUCAGGAUUUUCGCGUAUAACGAAGGGCUGGCCCGCUUCGCCACCACCUCCUACUCCCACCCUUGCACAGAAAACCUGGAUGAUGUCUGCAUGCACCUGACUAACUACUCCAUUAACAAGCACAGCUCCAAUUUCAUUCAAGAUGCUCACUCUGGCAGCAAGAGGAAGCUCUCCACCUUCAACAAGUACAUGGAGAGCCACGGCUACAAUAUGGAGCAGGUAUGGAGAGAUAUCGAGGACGUCAUCAUCAAGACCAUCAUCUCCGCCUGUCCCGUCAUCAAGCACAACUACCACACCUGCUUCCCCAACCACACGCUCAACAGCGCCUGCUUCGAGAUCCUGGGCUUCGACAUUUUGCUGGACCGCAAACUCAAGCCCUGGCUGCUGGAGGUCAACCACUCUCCAAGCUUCUCCACGGACUCCUGCCUGGAUAAAGAGGUGAAGGACAGUCUGCUGUAUGACACCUUGGUCCUGAUCAACCUGGGAAGCUGUGACAAGAAGAAAGUCUUGGAGGAGGAGAGACAACGGGGGCGGUUCCUGCAGCAGUGUCGUUCUCGGGAGAGCAGGAUCGAGGAGGUCAAGGGUUUCCAGGCCUUGCGCCUAGCGAUAGCCGAGAAGUAUGAGAAGGAAAACUGCAGAGGGUUCCGCCUGAUUUAUCCCAGCCUGAGUUCGGAGAAGUACGAGAAGUUCUUCCAGGACAACAGCUCCCUCUUCCAGAACACGGUUGCCUCCAGAGCCCGGGAGCUGUAUGCCCGGCAGCUGAUCCAGAAGCUGAAGCUAAAAGAGGAGAAGAAGCCCUUCCAAACAAAAGAGAAGAAGGCAGAGAUGCAGGGGGAGUCGGCAGGCGAACAAGCCAGAGGCAAGGGCUUGAGGAGCUGGCACCAGGCACGACAGCAGAAAUACAAGGCCGCUGCCACCCACGCCUCCAAACAAUCCUUCGAGCCACUGACACUAGAAUCCUGCGCCCUUGACGUGCUCUUGAAUGUCAGAGAUGCGAAGAAAAUGGAGACGGAGAGCAGCCUUGACCAGGAGGCCCCCAAGGAGGAGGACGACCCUGCUCCUCCCAAGCCUGCAUCCUCGAGACAUUGCUCCUCCGUCCCCGACCUCAGAAACGCAAGUUUUCUCGGCUGCCCUGGGCUGGAGCCCGGUAAACCCAUCCUCACCGUCAAGGAAGCCAAGUCUGCCUCUGCAGUGAACAUAUUCGCGGGCACGGUGCCCUUAACUUCAGCAGAAACCUCAGAAUCGACUCCCCGGGUCUCAGACUCCCCCGAGUCUCUCCUGAGCACCAUCAUGACAAUCAGCUCUGAACGCAGCAGCCCGGAGGUGGGCAGGGUGGUCUCCUUUACGUGCAAGAAACAGCAGAUUGCCGAGCACUUCCUCCAGGAGAAGAUAUCAAAAGUUUCUCUGCCUGCAAAAUCCAGCCAGCACUUCUUGGGGCAUCUGAACCCGAGAUGGGCUUUACUAAAGAAUAACCUGAAGAAGCGGCAUCUGAUGUCAGAGAUACUCACCAAGGCUCAGCUGAGGGAGACGUUCUCCUUGGCCCCAGCUCUCUACAAUUCAAAGCUGCUGCUGAGUAACCAGUCACAAAACUCCCCCUUGCCCCCGGAGUACUACUUCCAUGGCCAAAGCUCUGGUGGGAAGAGGCCGCUGGACCUGUCCUCCCUCUUCCUCUUGAAGAAUGCUCACAGCCGUGAUGUUUCUGUGAGGGAUCUAGUGGUGGUGGCCACUUCAGCGCCACUGGGUCCGAGGCCUGGCAGAGACUUAACAGGUGCUAUGAGGGACCCGUGUAUGCAGCAUCAGGAAACGUACAGUCACUGCCUGAUCGCUGGCCAAAAACAAUGUGAGCGGAAAUAGGUAGGCCCACCCAUAUUUCCUUAACGUGUCUGGCUCGUUGGCAAGUACUCUAUGUGUGUAUUUCUGGCAUGCUGGGUAGGCAGGUGGAUGGCUGGGUUGAUUAAGACAUACAGGUAAGUAGACAAUUAAGACUAACCUUAAUUGAAAUGUGACCCCUUCCCCCACCCCCUGCCGUGUAUAUUUCUGCUAUGACUGAUCCGUCCCCACUGCUUUAAGGGCACUUUGCCUCGUCUUUCACUUCCGGCUAAAACUGAGACCGUUAUUAAUACUGGUCCGAGCAGUAGAAUCGUGUCAACUGUGAGGGGUUGAUUUCCACACCUUCUGUGCUGUGCCAGUCUGGCCUAGGUCCAGGCCAUUGCCCCCAGAGCUGGCCCUGUAAUGGAGCAGACUGAGGGGGCUGCACAACUAGACAGUGGAUCCUGAGAUUUGGAAACAAAGAUCUGUAAGCUUUAAUUCUACCUGAUGAAAUGACCAAAAAGAGCAAGGAGCCCUCUGUUAGCACUCCAGUGCUUCAGAAGGAAGGAGGUGUGUAAAAACUUACAAGAACUCUACAACACAACAUUGCAUACAGGGUGGAGCAAAAGUUGACUUACAGUGGUUCAUGUGGAAAAUACUAGUACAAUAGUGAAUAAAUAAUAGUACAAGAAGAAAUUCUGUGUUUUGCACACUCACAACUGUAAACCUACUUUUGCCACACCCUGUGUAGUAGACGGGUUUGUGCUGCUCAGCUGCCUAUAGAAGAAGGCUAUACACAUUGUAAUCAUUUCCCUCACCCUGACACACUGAGCAGACAAUCCGACCUGGCCACCUUGUGAUUGACACUGCAGAAGGGCCAGUGAAUAAACAGCCCAUAGGCGCAAAUUUGAGUGCUCGUAAAAAUGCAUAUUCCAGGGCCCACUUUCAGAAUUUCUGAUUCAGUAGAUCCUAGCGGGGGAGGGGGAAAGAAUCUGC